AUGAGUGCGAGUAUCAGCAGCGACAUUAACCAGAACUCGGCACGCCAGCUCGCUGUUGCUUUGUGGUCAUGGGACAUCUGUCAGAACUGUAAAAAGCAAAAAGGAGCACAAUGCAACGAUCAGGGUUGCCCAGGUAGCCGAAUCGAUCAAAUACAACGAUACUUGCAAUACUACAAAGCUGUUGUUUCGACAUUUACAGAUGCACUUUCAACGCCAACAAGAAACAAUAUAACCCACUCGGAUAUCUUGAGAAUAAUUUCUAUUCUCAAGUCAAACCCAAAUGCGACUCUAUCAGACAUUCGUCGACUAGUUUCACCCUACACCAACACUAAUGCGCAACAUACCCACGACAACAGCGAAGCCGAUUCUGUCGCGCUUGCUGUCAAAGCUAUGCUCAUGAUUGAUCCUUCAAUCAUCGAUAGUUCAUCAGACAGACUUGAGAGAGGAACGUUCAGACUGCACUGGAAAGAAGACGUGCCGCUCAGCAAGUACAUCCAAGACUCCUUUCCAACUCACAAUCACAACGUUCUGAGUUACAACAACAGCGAGUUGUUUGCGGAUGCGAAGAGGCAACUGAAGGCUAUUAACCUCAAGAAACGACUCAAGAUCACCAUUAGAGCAACGUCAGACAUACGGAACCAUCUACUGUUUGACAGGAGGAACAGAAUCUUAGAAGUUUACCACUAUGCAUCCUUUCUCAAAGAACAAUUGAGAGUGACCAGAGAUGUUGGUGAUUGUUCCAGUCCAUCCUCAUCUCUGAAAAAAGGCGUGCUACCACGCCAAUUAGUCCUCGAAAUUCUAGACUCCCUGCAAGGAACUCUUUUCCCACUAUCCGAUGCCAAGUCUAAAACACUUGUACGGUCACUCAUCGCAAAGUGCAACUUCGACCCAGAUAUUCUCAAUUUCGAAUUCAGCUCAGUUGGACGUGUCGGCGAAGAGAAUGUCCCAAUCCGCAGCCUCGCAGUCGGCUUCAGCGACUGA